UGGAUAUGGCCAGGCUGACAUUUAGACUUUAAAACCCAUGUGCUUCACCUUUGCAAUGCUCUUCUCUGAAAUCCACUGAAAUUGGUUCAGAAUUAGACCCUUAACACAUUUUUGGUCCAUUGAUGAUAUAAUUUUAACACUUAAUGAGACUUAGAAGGCCUUGAAACCAAGUCACUCUAUUUCUGAAUAUUAAUUUCACAUGACACAGAUUUCUUAAUGGGAUUGGUCCCUUAAUUAUGGUUUUAAAUGAGCCACUCUGUUUUCCUUAGCGGAUGAUCUUUUGAAUGCACUACAAAGAGCUGACAAGUCCUAAGUAUUUAUUACCAGCAGUUCCAAAUAUCAGCUCUGAUUAUUUCCAAGUAAUGUAUGUAUUUUAAUUAUAAUGCAAAGGUAGGUCAGACCUUGUAGACAAUUAGGAAAAUCAGUGCUUUCUUUAGGAAUUCUUUGGAUGUUGAAUUUAGCAUCAACUUUUCUCUCUGCAGCAGUUCAUCUGGAGGGAGAUAAAGAAAUUGUGAUUUAUCAGGAUGACCUUGAAGGCGAAGGUCAGAUUCCAGGACCUCCCAUCAAUGUGCAUGCUUCAGAAAUCAGUAAAACAUAUAUCGUCCUCAGCUGGGAUCCACCUGCUCCCCAUGGCAAGGAGCCCUUGAUGUAUUUCAUCGAGAAGUCCAUAGUUGGGAGUGGGAACUGGCAACGGGUAAAUGCGCAGAUGGCCGUGAGAUCUCCUCGGUAUGCAGUGUUUGAUCUCGCUGAAGGGAAGUCUUACGUGUUUCGAGUUUUGUCAGCAAAUAAGCAUGGCCUGAGUGACCCAUCAGAAGUAACUCCUCCCAUUCAAGCACAGGACACAAUUGUUGUUCCUUCUGCUCCGGGUCGGGUACUUGCCUCAAGAAAUACUAAGACAUCGGUUGUGGUACAAUGGGACAGGCCAAAACGUGAAGAGGGCCUGUUGGGUUACUACGUGGACUGCUGCAUUGCAGGAACCAACAACUGGGAGCCGUGCAAUCACAAGCCCAUUGAUUACAACAGGUUUGUCGUACACGGCUUAACAACUGGAGAACAAUAUAUCUUCCGAGUUAAAGCUGUUAAUGCUGUUGGGAUGAGUGAAAAUUCACAAGAGUCUGACAUCAUAAAAGUCCAGGCUGCCCUCACUGUUCCAUCUCAUCCUUACGGAAUCACACUGCUGAGCUGUGAUGGCUGUUCUAUGACCCUCGGUUGGAAGGUGCCUAAAUUCAGCGGUGGUUCACCCAUCCUUGGUUAUUACAUAGACAAGCGUGAAGCACAUCAUCAAAACUGGCACGAGGUCAAUUCUUCGCCUGUGAAAGAGAGGAUCUUGACGGUGGAGGGCUUGACAGAAGGCUCGUUAUAUGAAUUCAAAAUUGCUGCAGUCAACCUGGCUGGGAUAGGGCAGCCUUCGGACCCCAGUGAGCACUUCAAGUGUGAAGCUUGGACCAUGCCAGAGCCCGGUCCCGCCUAUGAUUUGACGUUCUGUGAGGUCAGGGAUUCAUCGCUGGUCAUGCUCUGGAAAGCCCCAGUGUAUUCUGGCAGCAGUCCUGUUUCUGGAUAUUUUGUGGAUCAAAAGGAACUGGGUGCGGAAGAAUGGAUCACUGUCAACGAGAAGGCAACUGCAAAUCGUUAUUUGAAGGUCUGUGACCUGCAACAGGGAAAAACCUAUGUCUUCAGAGUCCGCGCAGUGAACACAAGUGGAGUGGGGAAGCCCUCGGACACCUCUGAACCCGUGCUGGUAGAGGCAAGACCAGGCACGAAGGAAAUCAGUGCCGGCGUAGACGAAGGAGGCAAUAUCUACUUAAGUUUUGACUGCCAAGAAAUGACAGAUGCAUCUCACUUUACUUGGUGUAAAUCCUACGAGGAGAUUGCAGAUUCUGAGAAGUUUAAUAUUGACACCGUUGGAGAUCAUUCAAAACUAUACUUUAAGAAUCCAGAUAAAAAGGAUGUAGGGACUUAUUCUGUGUCUGUAAGUGAUACGGAUGGCGUGUCCUCCAGUUUGGUUUUGGAUGAGAAAGAGCUUGAACGUUUGAUGGCACUGAGCAAUGAAAUAAAAAAUCCCACAAUUCCUCUGAAAUCAGAAUUAGCUUAUGAGCUUUUUGAUAAGGGCCAGGUUCGCUUCUGGCUGCAGGCUGAGCACUUAUCACCAGAUGCCAGCUACAGAUUUAUUAUUAAUGACAGAGAAGUCUCUGACAGUGAGAAACACAGAAUUAAAUGUGAUAAAUCAACUGGCAUUAUUGAGAUGGUAAUGGAUAAAUUCACUACUGACAAUGAAGGUACCUACACUGUCCAGAUUCAUGAUGGGAAAGCCAAAAGUCAAUCUUCUCUGGUUCUCAUUGGAGAUGCAUUCAAGGCUGUCCUAGAGGAGGCUGAAUUGCAAAGAAAAGAAUUUCUCAGGAAACAAGGUCCUCAUUUUGCUGAGUAUCUGCACUGGGAUGUUACAGAAGAAUGUGAUGUUCGACUUAUGUGUAAGGUUGCAAACACCAAGAAAGACACAGUUUUCAAAUGGCUAAAGGAUGACGUUCUGUAUGAAACAGAAAAGCAACCUGAUCUAGAGAAAGGAUUCUGUGAGCUACUCAUACCCAAGUUGUCGAAGAAGGACCAAGGUGAAUACAAAGCAACCUUGAAAGAUGAGAGAGGUCAAGAUGUAUCUAUCCUUGAAAUAGCUGGCAAAGUGUAUGACGAUAUGAUUUUGGCAAUGAGUAGAGUCUGUGGAGCAUCUGCUUCUCCACUAAAGAUACUCUGUACCCCCGAUGGAAUAAGACUUCAGUGUUUCAUGAAAUAUUUUGCAGAAGAAAUGAAAGUGAACUGGUGUCACAAAGAUGCUAAGAUCGCAUCGAGUGAUCAUAUGAGAAUUGGCGGCAGUAAAGAGAUGGCCUGGCUGCAGAUCUGUGAGCCUGCUGAGAAGGAUAAAGGGAAAUACACUUUUCAGAUUUUUGAUGGCAAGGAUACCCAUCAACGUACGCUUGACCUGUCUGGACAAGUUUUUGAUGCCGCAUUUGCCGAAUUCCAGCAACUCAAGGCAGCUGCUAUUGCGGAGAAGAAUCGUGGCAAGGUGGUUGGUGGUUUACCUGACGUGGUGACCAUAAUGGAAGGCAAGACCUUGAACCUGACCUGCACAGUGUUUGGGAAUCCUGACCCUGAAGUGGUCUGGCUCAAGAACGACAGGGACAUUGAGCUCAGUGAUCACUUUUCAGUCAAGGUGGAGCAGGCUAAACACGUCAGCAUGACCAUCAAAGGUGUCACUUCUGAAGACUCAGGGAAGUACAGCAUCAGUGUCAAGAACAAAUAUGGAGGUGAAAAAAUCGAUGUCACUGUCAGUGUGUACAAACAUGGUGAAAAGAUUCCAGAUGUGUCACCGCCCCAGGAAGCCAAGCCAAAGCUCAUACCAGCAUCCGCCUCAGCACUAGCUAAAGAAAAGAAGUAACUACCUGGAUAUGGAAAGAAAAAAAAAGGCUUGAAAAUCAUCGGAACGCUGUGUGCUUGCUCCAAAUGAAUAACGAUAAUCUGAGUGAAGUCAGGUGUGGGUAGAGAAUUGAUCAUGCAGUAUGCUUUUAAUUUUUGUACUUGUCUAUGAUCAUUUUCUGUGCAUCUAAGGGGAAAGUGGUGUGUUUUCCACAAGCUAAACAACUGAUGUCUACAUAAGACUAAUGAACGGAUACCUGAAACAGAACGUGUAGAAAGGGGACAGUUCCUAUGUUCAUUGCUACCGGCACGUGGAAGUGAUAACAGUACAUCAGCGGCACGUACCAUCAGCCAUACUUGUAGCUGUUUUCUUUAGUGGCCAGAAAGCUCUAGUAGCUCUUUGCAGUCAUGGUUGUGGAGCCAUUUAAGCAUAUGUACCUAGUUAUACUAUGUAUUCUCUUGCUUUAGGCUAAUAAAACUUUAAAAGACACCUUGUUGUGGUUCUCCUG